UUUCCUCCAUAAGUCGGACGCAUUUGAUGACAGCCGCAAGAUUAUCGUAGGCGUAGGUCACGUUUUCAGGUCAAAAACGUCGGCCCAGAGGAGUAAGGCGACAUUUUUCGGCUUUCGCCCGAAUUUAAUGUUAGCGCUUGCCGUCAACCCCACUUUGACAUCGUCGUUCUUCGCUCAGAUUUCUCCUCCUUGGCUCCUUCCCAAAAUCUACGGUUUCUUCGAUCAAAAUUAUCGUUGGAUUCUUUUGCCGAGAACAGUAUCUCACGGCGAAAUUGGCGAAGAGAUUUUUAGAAAAAGCUGGUGAUCCUGUUUUCUUGACUGGAACUCCUUAGAUCUGAUGGGAAUCUGCUUGGGAAAGUAUGGGGGCCGUGGUGACUCUGAUGACAUAGACUUCAGAGCUGGAAAUGUGCAUGCAAUUACUACCAAAGAGAGCUGGGAGGAGAAGAUUGCAGAAGCAAACAAAGAUGGCAAGCUGGUUGUGGCAAAUUUCAGUGCAUCUUGGUGUGGCCCAUGCAGAAUGAUGGCACCUGUUUAUGCUGAGCUGUCUGAGAAGUAUCCUUCUCUCAUGUUCCUGACAAUUGAUGUGGAUGAGUUGAUGGAUUUCAGUUCAUCAUGGGAUAUUCAUGCAACUCCAACAUUCUUCUUUUUGAAGGAUGGGCAGCAGCUGGAUAAGCUUGUCGGCGCCAACAAACCUGAACUUGAGAAUAAGUUAAAUAUGCUUAUUGAAUCCUCAUCCCAGUGCUCCAAGUGAAUCCAUCUGGCUAUUGAGAUGCUGAAUAAGGCUUUUCCCUGUCAUAUGUAUUCAUUGAUUCUAUGUUUGGUUGAUAAGAGUACCUCGUAUCUUUUUCCUGUCUCUCAUACGUGGCUUCUUCGUCAGAAUUGCAGUUAGUUUCCAAACCGGACCCCAUUGUACAGCCUUCCUACUGCUGCCUUGAGUUCUUAUAGAACAUGAGGUGAAAGGUUACAAGUCAAUAAAAGAAUAAAGAACUCAUUUGUGCAUAUCGCAACCAGGGAUCUUAAGUUGGCUGAACCCUCAGUUGUCAUCUACUUGAUUGGUGGUUCUGACUUUUGAACAGUGGGCCAAGGAUACGUUUAUUGGUGCAGUGAUUUCCUUUGUCAUGUACAUUGACUAUGUUGGUAUUUUUGGUAAUGACAAAUAGGUUGUUCCUUAGAUUUCUUGCA